AUGUCGGAAUUUCAACUAGUUGGUGGAAUCAAGAAACUCAACAAUAAGAACUAUAACUCAUGGGCCACUUGUAUGAAGUCAUAUUUACAAGGUCAGGACCUAUGGGAUGUUGUCGACAGUACCGAUGUUGAACCACCAAGUGAAAGUGACAAUGGCGUACUUAGAAAAUGGAAGAUCAAAUCCGGGAAAGCCAUGUUCGUGUUGAAGACGACAGUGGAGGAAGAUGUACUGGAUCGUAUUCGAGAAGCAGAUUCACCAAAAGAAGCUUGGGAUGGACUGAAAAUCUUAUUUUCAAAGAAGAACGAUGCAAGAGAAAUAGGUGAGCUUGAUGCGGAAGCUAAGAUCGGAGACUCACGGAUGAAGAGGAUUAUUAUUCAUGGCUUAAAACCAGAAUAUCAGAGUUAUGUCACGGCUAUACAAGGGUGGCCGACUCAACCAUCAUUAGGAGAAUUUGAAAAUCUCUUGGCAAGCCAGGAGGCAUUAGCGAAGCAGUUUGGAGAAGUAUCACUUGCUGUAACACCAAAGGUAAAAGCUGAAGCCCUAUUUGCAGAAAAAUCUAAAGGGAAUGAACGAUAUAAGGUUCUGGGUCGUUUUCAAUGGAAAAUUGACAGGCCCAAUAACUAUUUUAAAAAUAAUGAGGCCCAAGGUAACCAAAAAGGGGAAGCUCACCACAAGAGGGGAUGUACUGGUGAAAGGGGGGAAAAUAGUGAAAGAAAAUCAAAAGGGAAUGGGAAACGAUUUCAAUUUCGCUGCCAUCGAUGUGGAAGAAAAGGCCACAUGGCCAGAGACUGCCGAUCACCAGAGCAAGAUCAGGGGAACAACGCGAUGGUAAAGGAUGAAGAGCCUUGGGAUGUUCAAGCUUUCGCUGCUAGUAUUGAUGAAACUCAAACCCUAAUUGAAGAAACUCAAACCCAACCUGAAAAGCUGGAAGAAAACACAAUUGUGUGUGCUGCUAACACUACAAAGAAACAAUCAAAUUGCCUUGAUGAUUGGAUUGUUUGA